GCUCGGUAUUCGAACUCAGCAGCCGAGGUGCUCCAGUGGCCCGCAAAACACAUGCUGGGGGUUUCCUCACCCUAAAUAAACCUACUGAGGCCGAGCCCAAUUGAACAGACUUCAAAGAUGAGCAUGAAGAGGAAGCUAGAAGAAGAUAUGACAGUGUUGCCGGAAGAUGUGCGUGUCGAGAAGAAACAAGCUAUCUGCCCCAACUCUCUGGAGGAUAGCGGAGUAAACACUGCGCACAUGCCGACGACUGCCCUCGCUUCACUGCUGGACUUGUCUGCACUCACCACACGGGAGGAUAUUUCUUCUCGGUUUGGCGCGAUUGCCCAUGAGCUCCUCUGCAACUACGUCCUUACCAUCGUGCGCAAUGGCGUCUACAGUAACUGCGAGAUUCUCGAGGUGGAGUUCUAUCUGCAAAAGUCUGGGUGUCAUGAAGAUCCUUUCACGCAUGGAAGCUUCGAGCAGGAGAAAAGCGGCCAAUGGUAUUUUCAUCGCACCCCUUGUCGUGCCGAUGGGACGUCGUCCGGCCUCCAGGUCAGAGCGGCUGGGGGCUAUAGAGGUGGUACUCGCAAGGGCCUGGACCUCACACUAGGCCCAUCAUCUUUUAAUACUGAACGGUCACGCAUCGUCACUAUACGCGGAGGCGCACUUUUUCGUACCCUUCGACGAUACCCUGAGCAGAAGAUCAUAUGCGGUCCUUCCCUUCUUGUCGACGAGGUUCUUCGUGCCAGUGGAGUUUCGUCCAUUUCUGACUUGGUCACUGAUGUAUGGAACAAUGAUAUUAAGGCUCUCGGCGCCCCUGCACACCUACGAUCCACUUAUAUGUAUCUUCGACCUCGUGGAAAGAGUCCAGUUCCGCCAUCGAAGACCCUGCAAAUAGUGUACAACUCUCCUCGCAUUGGUCUCGACCUGUCUUCCCCAGAAACGAAAGUUUCCCUUGAGCACCCACGCGUGGUCUUCGUCGGUGCGCCGUACCGAUACUUCACACACCCGGAGCUUCUCUCAACGAAGGGUCGUCUUCAAACCUUCUGCGGUUUGUACAUGGCACUGCGAGAAUCCAACCAAUACUCCCAUGAUUCUGCUAAGCUGAAGCAGGAGCUGUGCAGGUUAAUGGGGCUCAAGGAGGCCAGUGUCGCCAAGCUUCUCAGUGACUUCCGAGCGGGUUACGAGACAGGAAUGCUGAAGUCCUUUGUAGGUGUAGCGGGUAAGGGAGUGUGUCGAUCGUCGGCGGCAUACCUGAAGAUGAUAGGUACUUUGCAGAGAGCCAAGGAGCAGGCGUCAGCGUCUUAAAGGUAGCUUUUCCAGUGUAUCAUAUUUCUGGGUAUCCCUGGUUUGCAACCAGCCGUCGCUCACAGAUAUUCAAAGUGUGGUUGGUGAUCCUCACCUACAACGACAGUCCACUUAGUACCACCUUUUCCAAACCAGCGACGGGGGGAG